AUGUGGUUGCAGCCCCUUUUGAUCUGCUUCGCCUGUCUCUUCGGCAUUGCUGCCCAUGGUUUGGAGCUCACUCUCCAGCCAGAUGAACUCGUCAAGGCGCAGCGAGAAAGCCAUGGUGGCUUCUACUUUUAUGACUCAAAUGGUGCGACGUUAAUGUUCAAUCGCAGCUUAUUCGUCUACCGCGAGAACAUUUACGACGCUUGGUCUCGCUGGAGUGAGUGCUCCCCUCACACUUGUCUCGAGCACCGUUACCGUCGUUGCAUUGAUGACUCCUACACUCAACCCGUUAACUAUCUUACCACUUCUGCUCGUGUCUGUCCAUUCAAGUACAUCGCAGAGGAGAGGCCGUGUGAAGACAAGACCAACUGCAUCAUCAACGCCAAACCAUCUAAGGUGCUGAUUGAAAUGCAAGAAAAAUGUGGCAACAGGGGAUCAUUCGAUGCCAAAACUCCAAAGCCCAAACGCCGGAAAUCGAAAGACGAAGAUGAUGAGAGCGAAGAACCUGAACAAUACGCACCCGAAAUGCCACUAUACAGCCUAAAGAUUCUUGGUGGAAAAAGCGCCAAGUCAAAGAGCUGGCCAUGGCAUGUUGGGAUUUACAAAGCAGCCAACUACAACGCUUCUGAGGGAUUGACUCGUUUGAAGUCUGAGAACAUUAUAUGCGGAGGCACAUUGAUCACGCCACAAUGGGUUCUGACUGCAGCGCACUGUCUGAAGCCAAUUUUCGGGUCCUCGGCUGCCUUGCCUUUCGGCAUUCCAACGCCCCUAAACACGCCUGAGAUGGAGCCCAUUUCGCUGCUUGUUCGAGCCGGUGACACCGUCCUGGAGGGCACACGUACUCGUAAUGAGCAAGAGAGCGAUCACGUGGUUGACUUAGUCGUCAUUCAUCCCGAUUGGGUGGCUCAACGUGUUAAUAGUCCCUUUGAUAUAGCUCUGUUGAGGCUUGAGACCCCUGUGGACAUCGAGAGUGGCGGCGUGGGUGUAGCCUGCGUACCAAAGGAGGCGGAUGCAACGCCGGCCGAGGAUGCAGUUUGCUUUUCCGUUGGAUGGGGCGAGAACGAUCGACCCCCGAGCAAGCCACGACACCGUCGUCCCGCCUUCUUUAAUCCAUUCUAUUGGCCCUUCGGUCGUUUAUGGGAACGUCGAUCACAGCGACCAUCUACCUUGCGUGAGAUCAAAGUUUCUAUUGACCCACCUGAGAAGUGCUUCCACCAUGACGAUGAAAACGACGCCCAGAUCUGCGCAGGCAGCUCUAAUAAGGGUGUUUGCGCGGGCGAUACGGGGGGUGGACUCUUCUGCCGAAAUGAAGAGGAUGGCCGGUGGUACGUAUACGGCGUGAUGGGCUCGGGACCUACGCAGUACUGCAAGACACGUCGUUGGCUCUACAACUCUGUGGGCAGUGUUAUUCAGUGGAUCAAUCGCUACGCAGUCUAG